CAGUUCAUACGAUGUCUGAUAAACUCUGCAUUGCGGUUAAUUUCUUAUUUUAUUUAUUUGUAGAGAUUAAUGGCCUCAUUGUGAUGUUUUAAUCACAUUAGCAUUUACAUUGAAUUAAAAUAGCCAUGUUCUUGUGAUGCUUGUAAAUCCGAAUCAUACUUGCUCCACCCAAGUACCAGGCGGAUCUUGGGAAAUAUGUCAUUUGGAGCGCGCACGGUGGUGGUAGCAACCUUCUUAUUAUAGCUCAAUGGCAGAAACACACAUCAGCAAACUCAAAGGAUACGUGGAUUCUCAUUGAAUGAUUGUAUGGCUCGUGGCUGGGUGAAAGCCCAUGGUGACACACAUUUACCAACAAACUGAAAUCGCAUAAGAGGACAGAUGAUUCGACACGAACAUAAUUAUUUUCAUGGGACACAGAGAUGCUUCUUUUUGUUUGUAUUUGCUGACUACUGAAUGAAUCAUUGAUCACGGACUGCUAGUUAGCAGGCAGAUAUUCCGGAAUUUCUGGCCAGCUGCAUUGCCAAGGUCCUAUAGGUAUUUGGAUUGGCUGUGGUUGUAACUAUAACAUACUAGGCUCGGAUACAACAAUCAGGUCAAUUGGACGGAUUACCAUUCUAGCUACAUUCAUCCAUUCCAUGUUUACUCGGAGGUGUAUCAAAUUGGCUGGCUAGUUAACGAGCUAGCUAGCCAAACACACCGAGUCGGGACGGGAUUAUAAUAUUCCACGUUGCUAGCUACUGUAUUGUUUCCCUCCAGGAAUUUGGAUUUAUUUUACUAGAACAUUAACAGUACUUCGCUAUAUAUAUCUUUGGGCCAAUCCCUUUGAAACUUUACACCGAGAUUUCCAUCAACAGCUAUAUUUAUAAACGAAUGAAUUUAAAAGCUGCAACAGCUAGCUAGUGUUGUUCGAUUUGGAAAAUGGAUGCGGGUAUUGAAAAGGAAUGCAGCGCUCUGGGAGGGCUCUUCCAGAUCACCAUGAACGACAUGAAGGCUAGUUAUCCAGCCUGGGAGGACUUUGUAACCAAAGGUGUUAAGCUGCAAUCCCAGCUAAGGGCAACCGUCAUUGUCACAAGCUCUUUCCUGGAUGCCUUUCAGAAGGUUGCAGAUAUGGCGACUGGAACAAGAGGGGCGACAAAAGAGAUUGGCUCAGCCUUGACGAGAAUGUGCAUGAGGCACAGAAGCAUAGAGUCCAAACUGAAGCUCUUCACCACGGCACUAACAGAUACCCUGAUCAACCCCCUGGAGCUGAAGAUUGAGGAGUGGAAGAAGGUGGCCAGUCAGUUGGACAAGGACCAUGCCAAAGAAUACAAGAAGGCCAGAGCAGACAUAAAGAAGAAAUCCUCAGAUACAAUCAAGCUGCAGAAGAAGGUUAAGAAAGGAAAGGACGAGGUGCGCGGGCAGCUGGACAGCGCCCUGCAGGAGGUGAACUUACGCUAUGCUGUGCUGGAGGAGACUGAGAAGAGGGCCGUGUGCAGGGUGCUCAUCGAAGAGAGGGGCCGUUACUGUGCCUUUGUCAGCAUGCUCAAACCUGUGCUGGAUCAUGAGAUUAGCAUGCUGGGAGAAGUGACCCACCUGCAGACCAUCCUAGAAGACCUGAGCAGCCUGACGGCCGAGCCCAGCAAACUGCCCCUCGCCAGCGAACAGGUGAUCUUGGAUCUGAAGGGAUCUGAAUACAGCUACAGUUACCAGACGCCUCCUGCCUCCCCCAGUAACACGCUGUCCCGCAAGAGCAGCAUCAGCAGUAACUACAACUCUAUUAGGUACGUCCCCUCUCUGGACUCCAUCGCUACCUCGGUGGACAGCAUUCACCUUUGCCUGCCCUCCAUGGACCCAGCACAGCGCCGCUCGCCCAGUCCGUUGGCACGCUUUGAGGGCUGGGACGGUACCGCACACUCCCUCAGCGAGGGCAACUCGCCAACCAUCUCCGCCUGCUCUGGUGCCCACCGCACCCAUGUCCGCUCUGCCAGCCAAACCAGCCACAGAGACACCACUGAGUUGAGCGGGCCGUGGUCGGGGCAGAUCGGGCCGGGCACAGAGAAUGGCAUGGCCAUGCCCCCUCCACACAACGCCUACACACAGCACGGAGAGAGAGCGCGCACCAUGUCCACAUCCGGAAAGCUGACCCUGACCCUGGGCGGUGGGCUCAACUCGGAGGCCCCCCACACCAGUCGCGACUCCCUCCACUGCUCUAGUGGCUACAGCACGCAGACCACCACGCCCUCCUGUUCCGAGGACACCAUUCCCUCCCACGCUGUAAAGAAAGAACCAACUCUUUAUGACUACGACUACAUCUCCCUGCACGGGGGCGAGGAGUUGCACCACAGCCCGCCCGACUUCGACAAGUCCUCCACCAUCCCGCGUAACAGCGACCUCAGCCUGCAGUACCGCAAGAUGUUUCAGAGCAAGCGGCCCGCCUCAACCGUCAGCCUGCUCGCUGAGCCCGAGCCGCUGGGCCUGCGCCAGAUGCACACUGCCACCAUCCGCCGCAAGCCCUCAUCCAAGCCCACCUACCGCCGUGGCACCAUCAGUGGUGGCGUACCUAUCCCUAUCUGCACCCCCCAGGUUCCCUUCAAAGCCUUGGGGGGAGGUGUAGGUGGAGGCAACGGUGGUGGAGGGGGGAAGAGCGGGAGCGACGAGAAUGUGGGGCCUCCAGAGAGCAGUGUGGGGAAGGGCGUGAUUGGCAUGAGCAGGACGGUGGACCACGAGUUGGUCCUCGCCAAGCACAGUCUGUGCACUUCCACCCAGAGCCUGAGCACCAUGCCCUCGCAUCACUCAUUAUCCACGUCGCCCUACUACUCUCUGAUCCCGGGCCAGGCGCCAGUGCCCGUGGGCAGCUCAGAGCAGCUGUACCAGCUGAGCAAGCAGCAGCAGUACGCCCUGCACCAGCAGCAGCAGAAGCAGUACCAGCACCUGCAGUACAACCAGCAGCAGCAGUUCCAGCCACCCCAGACACAACAGUUGCAACCAGCAGCCCAGACACAACAGCAGUUUCAACUACAGCAACAACAACAACUACAGCAGCAGCAGCAACAGUUACAACAACAGCAGUACCAGCAGACACCACAACCGCAACAGCAGAAGCUCCAAUAUCAAAAGCAGCAGCAGCAGCAACAGUUUCAGCGGCAGUCUCAUCUCCCACAACAGUACAACGCAUCUGGGACUGGCAACCAGCUGGUGGAAAGCGGCCACUGCCCUCCCCCCCAGCAGCCCCCUGCCGCCCCAGACACCCAGGACACAGAUGAGCCCUCGUGUGGUGGAGGUCACAUGGUCACCAUGAUCCGGGGAGUAAAACUGCGUCGGACUCUGACCAACGACCGCUCUGCCCCCUUCAUCCUCCUGCCCAACCAAUUCAAAUGAGCCCUUCCCUACCAGUGUAGGUUGUCGGACUCUGACCAACGACCGCUCUGCCCCCUUCAUCCUCCUGCCCAACCAAUUCAAAUGAGCCCUUCCCUACCAGUGUAGGUUGUCGGACUUGGACCAACGACCGCUCUGCCCCCUUCAUCCUCCUGCCCAACCAAUUCAAAUGAGCCCUUCCCUACCAGUGUCGGUUGUCAUCGUUUUGUUUUACGGUUUUCGCUUUUCUUUUAGCCCCGUUUUGAUGACAUUUCUCCUGAGAAAAGAAAGGAUGUUUCCUUUUUGGACGUUUUGUCUCGUGUAAAAGGGUUCCCUCUCUCCAACCAAAUGUCCAGUAGCACUGUGUUUUAAACAGAUUGUUAUAAUAUCCCUCAGAGGGACUCGUAGGUGAAUGUGGCCUCUUUAUCGCUCUGUAAUUUAAGAUUUUUAUACAUACUGUACAAGGAUGUGUGUUGGCUAUAUACAAGAAUUUGAGCGCAUAAAUUAUAAGUUUUAUGUUUCUAUAUUGUUGAGGGGAAAAUGCCUUGCUUACUUAUUAGUCUUAUCACCUGUAUGGUUGGAACCAAUAAAAACCCACACAUAUGUAUAUAUUAGUGUGUUAUACGGAAAUCUUUAUUGUAUUUUUAUUAUUAUCAGUGUCAAUGACAGACUGAAACAGUGGAUGUGUAAUGAAUGAUCCCCUAGAGGAAAUUAAAGACUCAUAACUAGACCUA